AUGAACACGCUCGGGAUCCACGAUGACAUAGAGCUCGUCUCCAGCCGACGACGUUCUUUUCAACAUGAGACUGAGAUAGACGCCCAAAAGAGAGCUGUUUCCAACAACGAAGCCACCCUGUCCAAUCCCCUCCGUGGAAUCCCUUUCGAGGAUCUAAUGCACGAUGUGGAAGUCUUCGCAGUAGAAAGAGGUCUUACAGACGGGGACACCGUUGAAUAUCUGAAGAAAGGCGCACUCGUCGCCCAGGAUCCGGAUGCGUAUGAAAACCAUCCGGAGUUGUUUGAUGAAGAAGACAUACGGAUUUUGCGAGAGGAGGUAACUAACAAGUGGAAGCAGACAGGAACACUUUACUAUAUGGUGAUAAUGGCGUCAAUGGCUGCAGCCGUACAAGGCAUGGACGAAGCGGUGAUUAAUGGCGCUCAACUUUACUAUCCUUCACAGUUUGGUAUUGGCCCCGAUUCGAACGGAAAAGAAACAUCGAGGGAUUCAGGGCUUAUGGGCCUUGUCAAUGCGGCUCCGUACCUCUGUUGCGGAGUCGUUGCUUGCUGGCUUACACAUCCACUAAACCGAUAUUUUGGUCGAAAGAAAACGAUUUUCAUUACCUGCUUUAUCUCCUUCAUCACAUGCAUCUGGGCUGCACUCACCGGCUCCUGGUGGCAUCUUUUCAUCGCGCGUUUCUUCCUUGGGUUCGGUAUCGGGCCAAAGUCAACAACCGUGCCUGUAUACACAGCCGAGUGCGCCCCCGCUCGCAUACGUGGGGCCUUAGUCAUGAUGUGGCAAAUGUGGACCGCAUUUGGCAUCAUGCUUGGAUAUCUCGUGAACAUAGCCUUCCACGCUGUCCCCGAUCCGGGUCACGGGAUAGUUGGACUGAACUGGCGCUUGAUGCUUGGUGCUGCGGGUAUACCUGGGCUGAUAGUGUGCAUCCAGGUUUUGUGGGCGCCGGAGUCUCCUCGCUGGCUCAUUGGCCAAGGGAAAUACCGAAAAGCACUCCAAGAACUCGAGCGCCUGCGUUUCGGCCGCGUCCAGGCCGCCCGAGACUUGUAUUAUAUCCACGUCUUACUUCAGGCUGAAGUCGAUAUGAAGAAGGGACGAAGUCGCCUCAUAGAGAUGGUGACGAUCCGUCGAAACAGAAAUGCAGCGAUUGCGUCGUGGAUCGUUAUGUUUGGCCAGCAAUUCUGCGGAGUUAAUGUAAUCGCAUACUAUUCUUCUACUAUCCUCCGCACAAACUAUGGUUUCAGCGAUAAGAAGGCGCUCCUCGCAUCCUUUGGGUUUGGCUUAAUCAACUGGCUGUUUGCUAUCCCCGCAAUCUUUACGAUCGAUACGUUUGGUCGUCGGAACCUGCUUCUCUCCACCCUACCAAUCCUGUGCCUCUGCCUUCUUCUGACUGGCCUUGUUCAAAAGGCAGAAAACACUAACGGGCAGUCAGUGGGUGUGCUAUUUGGGAUUUAUUUGUAUAGCAUGUUCUACUCACCUGGUGAAGGCCCCGUUCCUUUCACCUACUCUGCCGAAGCAUUCCCUCUGUAUCUACGUGAAGUAGGCAUGUCAUUCGCGACGGCAACGCUCUGGUUUUUCAACUUUGUCCUCGCUGUCAGCUUUCCGUCGCUACUUUACAAGUUCCAACCGGCGGGUGCCUUUGGAUUUUACGCGGCGUGGUGCUUGGUGCUUUGGGUUCUUGUCCUACUCUUCGUCCGGGAGACCAAAGGGAAAACGCUCGAAGAGCUCGAUCAGGUGUUUGCUGUUCCGACCCGGGUCCAUGCUGCAUAUGGACUUCGACAGGUUCGCUACUGGUUUAGGAAGUACGUACUGCGUCAGAACCCUGAGAGGGAGGUUUUGUACAGGCGAGAGGAUGGUAGUUCCCCAGAUAAAUGGCAUGGAAAGGGGGCAUCAAGCGACUUCAGUACAUUUUAAGAAGAAGGUUCAUCGGUACUAUACAUGCCAUUAAUAAUUCUCUACUCA